GCGGAGCGGCAGCGAGGGAGCGCGGAAGGGGCGGCGGAGGAGCGGAGGGGAGCAGGAGAGAGGAGCGAGGGAGCGCGGAAGGAAGGAAGGAAGGAAGGAAGGAAAGAGGAGGAGGAGGAGGAAGAGGAGAAGGAGGAGGAGGAGGGAGGCAGGCAGGCAGGCGCCCGGCCGCCGCUGCCCCGGGCGCCCCGCUCCGCGCACGGCGGGGCUCAGCAGCAGCAGCAGCCGCCGCCGCCGCCGCCCCCCGGUCCCGGCGCGACGCCCCCGCGGCGCUGCCCCAGCCAUGAAGGCGGCGGUGGACCUGACCAUCAUCAAGACGGAGAAGGUGGACAUCGAGCUCUUCCCGUCCCCCGAUAUGGAAUGUGCGGAUGUGCCUUUAUUAACUCCCAGCAGCAAAGAAAUGAUGUCUCAGGCAUUGAAAGCCACCUUCAGUGGCUUCGCAAAAGAGCAACAGCGGCUGGGAAUCCCCAAAGAUCCCCAGCAGUGGACGGAGACACACGUGCGGGACUGGGUGAUGUGGGCAGUGAAUGAAUUUAGCCUGAAGGGAGUGGAUUUCCAGAAGUUUUGCAUGAACGGAGCUGCCCUCUGCGCUCUGGGCAAGGAGUGCUUCCUGGAGCUAGCGCCUGACUUUGUGGGAGAUAUCCUUUGGGAACAUCUGGAGAUCUUGCAGAAAGAAGAGGUAAAACCGUACCCAGCAAAUGGAGUGAAUACAACAUAUCCAGAAUCCCGCUAUACUUCAGACUACUUCAUUAGUUACGGCAUUGAGCAUGCACAGUGCGUGCCUCCCUCUGAGUUCUCCGAGCCCAGCUUCAUCACAGAGUCCUACCAGACCCUCCAUCCCAUCAGCUCGGAAGAGCUCCUGUCCCUCAAGUACGAGAACGACUAUCCCUCGGUCAUCCUGCGUGACCCAGUGCAGACGGACUCCCUGCAGACAGACUACUUCACGAUCAAGCAAGAAGUGGUAACGCCAGACAACAUGUGCAUGGGACGUGCCAGUCGAGGUAAACUUGGAGGCCAGGACUCCUUCGAGAGCAUAGAGAGCUACGAUAGCUGCGACCGCCUGACGCAGUCCUGGAGCAGCCAGUCCUCCUUCCAGAGCCUGCAGCGUGUCCCCUCCUACGACAGCUUUGACUCGGAGGACUACCCCGCCGCCCUGCCCAACCACAAGCCCAAGGGCACCUUCAAGGACUAUGUUCGAGAUCGGGCCGAUAUGAACAAGGACAAGCCUGUCAUUCCUGCUGCUGCCCUCGCUGGCUACACAGGCAGUGGACCCAUCCAACUGUGGCAAUUCCUGCUGGAACUGCUCACUGACAAGUCCUGUCAGUCCUUCAUCAGCUGGACGGGCGAUGGCUGGGAAUUCAAACUUUCUGACCCAGAUGAGGUGGCGAGGCGAUGGGGCAAGAGGAAAAACAAACCCAAGAUGAACUACGAGAAGCUGAGCCGUGGCUUGCGCUACUACUACGACAAGAACAUCAUCCACAAGACGGCUGGGAAACGCUACGUCUACCGUUUUGUCUGCGACCUGCAGAGCCUGCUGGGCUACACGCCCGAGGAGCUCCAUGCUAUGCUGGACGUCAAGCCGGAUGCCGAUGAGUGAAGGUGGCUGGCCGGGGUGGAGGGUCACCCCGUGUCAUCUUGGAGAGUUGAUGAGACUUUUUCUGUUGGUUCUUUUUUAUUUUUGCUGUUAUUUUUGUUGUUCGUUUUUUUUUUUUUUUUUAAAGAGCAACUCCUGUUUGAUGCUUUGAGGAUGUUGGGAGAGAGGGUGGUGGAAGAAGCAAACUUUUGGCUGAAACCUAAGAAGUUUGGUUCAGAGAAGGAUGGGCUUUUUUUUUUUUCCUGAAAGCUCCAAGACAGGCUUUUUUGGGGUGAAAUUCUGAGUUUUAAGAAAGCCAGAAAAAUGUAGCUCACUUAAAAAAACCCCAACCUCUUCCCCAUCCCUUGCUGUUUAGAAAAAAUAUUAUCAAAUGGAUCCCUUCGUUUUUUGUGUUAUUCGCACACAAACUGACAGUUCAGGAAAUGACAGUGUUCCCGAAGAUUUGAGGAUUUUAAACUUUGGGGGGGGGGGGGGCGGGGCGGGAAAACCAAAGCAGGUGAAUAUUCCUGCUUCGGGGAGGGGCAAUACAGGAAAAAACCAAGAACUGUUUGUCGUUCUUGUUACAUUGCCUUUCUGUCGGUUGUCGUCUUUUCUACAAAAGACAGAAUUUUUGCUAGGAGGGAUCAAGACUUUUUGUUUUUUAAAAUUUGUUAAAGUUUUAUUUUAUUAAAUUUUGUGCCAGUAUUUUUUUUUUUUUAAAUAGUCUUAAGCUCUAAGGUGGUCUCAGUAUUGCAAUAUUGUGUGUGUUUGUUUCUGUUAUGCCAGCAGAGAGUUUUAUCACAGUGAGGAAAAGAAAAAAAAAAACCUAAUUAGUUUAUGUAGACCCCACUGGAGAAGUGUAGUGCUACGACUCGGCAUCUCCGAAUCGUAUGUGAAGGAAAAUUAACUCCAAACUAGCUCCUAGUGAUGCUGGCUGGGUGUGCCACUCUUGCUUCCAGUCCCACAUGCUUUGCUCCGCCAUUUGCUGAUAAAGCUGGUUGAAAUUUCUGCUUUUUUUGUUGUUGUUAAAAAAGGGGCCUUUUUGUACGGCUGCGUUUUGUGCACGAAACCUAUCAAGCUUUGCGGGGAGAAUGUCUUUCUGCGUUUUCCAAAUCACUUUUUUGCUCAAGGAACACUUUGGUGCUUUCAGAAAAUUUGGUGGGGUUUUUUUUUGGAGGGGAAAGGGGAGAAAUUCCCGUGUUUUGAAUGUCGUAAAUGGAAAAGAUGUAAGUUGAUGGGGGGGGGAAAUGAGGAAAAAGUUGAAAAACCAAAGGGAAAUGUUUUUUCCUUCCUGUUUCGACCAGCUCUAUCUUUAUUGCUCUAUGUCUUAACCAGCCUGGGCACACGCAGAAAGGAAAUUGUCCUUGCAAAUGGGUUCUUUACUGCUCUUUGUAAGCCUGAUCCUGCAAACCCUGUCAGGGUGUGAUUAACAUGAAGCAUAUGACUGGUGUCACCGGGGUAAAUGAGAGGUCUCAUGUGCUUGCCCGAGACGGUUGCAGGAUCAGUCCCGUGGGGAGCUGCUCCGUCUGUCCUCCAAACCUUUUGCAACUGGUUUGUGUUCAGAGGGGUAAAUCCUGCUGCACCGAGCACUUCCCGGGAUGCUCUGAGCAGACUGAGGCUGACGACCGCCUUCGGCGUGGGCUCAGUGUGAGUUAGAGGAUCGGGCAGUGAGCGUUUCCAUAUCCAGAUAAGACCCUGAAGCUGGAUCCGUGCAGGUCCGACUGCUGAAUGGCAUCUUUUGCCCCUGAGAGCCACUGAGCGUUUUCUUUUUAAAGACAGUAUUAUGCGUUUGAACCAAAAGUACCUUCUUUUUGUGUUGUUUGUCUGUCCGUCUGUGUGUUUUAGGUAGUUGUGUUCAUUACAGAGGCACUGUGAGACAGUAGUGAGGGGCGAGGUUGGGAGAGGCUUUCCAGAGAUGCUCGCUGGGUGAUGCCUGCCUGAUACAGGCUGGUAUAUCGGGUCGGCACGACAGGACUCUGCGUGCAAAGAGCCAAAAUAUUUGGGCAUGUAGCCCCCCUGCACAGGGGCAGCGUCGGAUGGGGAGGUCAACCCCGGGGCAAGGUGAUGCUCAAAGGUGCUGGGCUCUCCUCCGCUUCCUCCGGAGCUGGGGGUACCCAGCACUUCUGUAUCCCCAGUUGGUCAUUUUGGGGCAAAUCAGCCCCCAGACUGCUGCGUGCUUAAAAAAAGGUGCUGGUGGAGGAGAAAUGAGUGGGCCAAGAGGGAGCUCCAGCCAAGGGGGAUGGAAGCAGAUGGUGGUUUAGGUACAGGAUGUUAUUAGUUAUGCUGUUAGCUCAGGGGGCUGGGGCUGCGCAUCAUCCCACUGAGCAUACGGAAAGAAAAGGGUGGGAUGGACAGAAAGGAAGGAAAAGGGGAUGAAAGGAAGGUGAAAGGAGCAUGCACCAAAGGAGGAAAGGGACGCUGCCCACUGGGAAGUUAAACUUCAGCUCAUCUCCUCAGGUAGACAGGGAGUAUGGGAGAAAGCAGCUUGGCCAAGCUGGAGAGAGGAAAGGAAAACAUGAGUAUCGUGGAUGAGGCCCCUCCACCAGCGAGGCACCAGGGCAGAGCUCUACCGCAGAAGCAAGGCUCGCAGCAGCUGCUGAACAGGCUGAAAAGGGAGUUGAGUAAGAUGUGACGGCACAGAAAUGUGCAGGGGAGGAGUAGUUAAAGAGCAUCCCAACAGGACACACCGUAUGGGUUGGAUUUGCAGCAAUCGGAUGGGGUUUUUUGGUGUUCAGGGUUGCUGUCUUGCAUGCAGCUGCAAAGUGCCCUUAGCUUACCCUUCACAGGCCACAUCUAGGAGUGCUUUGAAAAAUCUCCCUUACGCUCUUAGAAGGGGUGCUGCCAGGAGGCCAGGCGCCCCAUCUCCUGCCCUUGGCACCAAGCUGUGUCCCAGGACGUCUCCUGCGGUGUUCGGAUGCUCCACUGCAGCUGAAGUGCCUUUUUCAAGCAGAAAACAGGGAUAAAAUUUCCCUUGACAGAAGGAACUGCAGGUUCGGGUACCAACCCCAUCCUUCGUGCUUAUUUUUUCUGGGUUUCCAAGCCAAACCUGUGCAUGCCCAGUGAUUUUGGGAAGAUGGUUUAAAGGUUAGAAAGGGUGAGUCGUGGAAAGCAGCUCUGUUUUUUGGAAGUAGCUCCUGGUUGGAGCUUCUCCAUCGUUUCUCUCAGCCAUUUGCCAUCCCAGCUCGCAGCCUGUGUGCAAGUGCAGCAGUAAAAGGGCAGUACAAUCUUAGGGACAUCAGGUUCAUAAUUUUCUAUUUUCCUCUAUUUUUUAUUCCCAAUCUAGAGACCAUCCCAGAGAGGGCUGUGUGCUGUUUAUACACUGGAAAUUUGCAGAUUUGUUUUUGUUCUCUUUUUUUUUUUUUUUUAUUUUUCUUUCUGCUUUUUAAUUGUAUGUUGACUUUUGGCGAGGGAUGUGCUGGAACCCAAACCCUCUGACCUCCUGUUCUUCGAGGCCAUGAAAAUUUGGUUAACCGCCUCACACGUGCUGGACCAGAAAGAUGGGUUUGAGAGGGAUGAUGGAGAUCUGCCAAGGAUGGGACUUGCUCCUGUGCUGGUUUCUCUGCCUGGGGGCAAGCUUCACCCUCGGCAGAUUCACGUGGCUUUUGUAAAUGGGGUAAUUUUGUCUUGUUUUGGAAUGCCUCAGGUGCUUUUGGUGAUUUUUUUUGGAUAUUUUCUGUGUCCUGCUCAUGAUCUGCUGUUCUCCAUGCGGGGGGCAUGUCCCCUUGGCCCCCCCAGCAGAGCCUGAGUCCUACCUUGGGAGCAUAGCACUAUCAUACAGCUUUCCAGGGCCUCGGCAGUUGAUAUCUGGGACCUCGGUAAAAGAAAAAAAAACCCAAAACCUGAUGAAAAAUGGAAGCACUUUUUCUGCUGCCUUUCUCUCUCCAUCUCUGUGUGUAGGAUGACCAUAACCCGUGGACACUCAUGUGUGUGCAAGUGUAGAUCCGUUUUAUUUCCACACUACCACCAUCCCGCUCCAGACAUGGUCGUUGAUGUGGAGAAAUAGCCAAACGGGGCAAGAAAUAGAAGAUAUUGUAAGAUUUAACCUUCUCACAUCUUUCCAAACCAACACCUCCUCCAAAAAACGGCACCAAUAAAUUCCGAUGCUGCAGGAAAUGUCUCCAUCUUCUGACUCUUGCUCUUCUGGAGGGGUUUCUGCGAGGCUUCAGGGCUUGGUUGCUUGUUCCUCGUUAAUGUCACAAAAUUGGGAUGCCUUGGCGUGCUCUGCUCUCUGGUAGGGUCUAGAAAACAUUCAUGAGCUGUUGUCUACAUUCCAAAGAGGUUUAAAUAAAUGAUAAAUCUAUGUAUACAUAUAUGUUAAAAUGGAAUAUCUCCAGGAAUUAACUGCCUCAGUUAAAAAAAAAAAAGUUCUUUGUUUUGUUCUGUUUUGUUUUUACACAUGGGAUUUUUUUUUUAAGCUGAUAAACAUAGAAGAAGAAAAAAAGAAAGAGAUUGUUAUAUUGUGCUGUUCAACUAUUUUCCAACUUGUAUUUUCAUAUAAUUUAUAUUUUUUAAAAGUGGAAAAAAAUUUUAAAAGCGAGAUUGAAAAAAAAAAGGAAAAAGCAGGUGCUUUUUAAAAAAACUGAGCUGAGGUAGCUUAGAGAUGUAGCGAUGUGUGUGUGUCCGUGUGUUGUGUUGUGUUUUGUUUUGUUUUGUUUUUAAAGGAUACAAAAAAAAGUCCCUCCUACAUUGAAUUCUUAAAGGAGGAGGGGAUUGGUUUUGUUUUAAUUGCUGAUGCUGGCACAUCAUUUUGCUGGAGAGUUUUUUAUAUACUGUAGCCUUAUUUCAUAUCGUAUUUUAAACCAUGUGAAAUUAAAAGAAGAAUAAUUCAUAA